AUGCAUAAAAUUUUGAGAUCAAUCAAAUCUGUAAAAGGAUCUAGAUUUGCUAAUAAAUUGCCUACCUAUUUAGAAAGAUUAUAGUAAUAAGAAGAAAUGGAUAGAAAAACCAAUUUAGAUGUACUUAGAAGAGAAGUUUUCAAUGAUUCAAUCUAAUUACCUAUUAAAUUCGCUGCUUAUUAUAUUACUAAGUAUACUGAAUUUUAUUAAUAGCUAAUAGACCUUUUGGGCUGAAUUAACAAGAUCUAUGAUUGAUGCAAGCAAUCAUAUGAUUUUAUUUGCAACCAAUUAUAUUAAUUAUGGUAAUAUUAUGAUUUAUUCAUAAGGUCCAAAUAAAUAAUUUCCAUAUGGAAUAGAGAAAGUGAAACAUCUGGUAGCUUUAAUACCGUCUGCGUUGUUUCUAUACUUUGGAGCAUCAAUAUCAUAUGAAUCAUUUCUUAAUAUUUAUAAUUAUGGUCAUUAUGUUGGUGAAAUACAUAGCAAUGCUUGGGGAUUAGCUGUAUGUGUAUUUGAAUUAUUGAAUAGUUAUAUUUACUAUCAAUAGGGAUAGAAACAAGUGUAGUUUUCAAAAAUAUAAGAGAUGCACAAGCUGUGGAUUCAAGUGAUGAAACAAAAAAAGGAUUAUUAAAAUAAUUCUUAUCUGUAUUUUAAAAGAAAGAUCCAGUCCUCUAAGCUAUUCUUUAUGAGAAUGCUAUAACAAUGGGAUCUACUUUAAUCCCUUUAUUGUCUUCUGCAUUUACAUUAAUAUAUCCAACUCAUGCAUUUGAAAUUGUAGGAUCAUUAGCAAUUGGUUUGAUUUAAUUGUAUGAUAAAAUGUUUGAAAAUAUGAUAGAUAACUUGCUUAUCAUUUAAGUGCUAAGAAUCUUAGUUCUUUGAUGGGAGAACAAUCUAUAAGUGAUUUGGAAGUGAAGAAAAUUUUAGAAAUUAUUAAAUAAAAUUAAUAUGUUGAGAAGAUAUAGAAUGAAAAGGCUGUGAUGUUAGGAAGUCGGAAAUUCAGAUUUUCAGCUGAAAUAACCUUUAAUAUAAAAGUAUAGAUUUAAUUGUAUUAUUAUAGCAAAUAAAUUAAGACACUGAAUCUAAAUAUUUGGAGAGAUUUGACAAAGUAAUUUAUAGUGAAUCAUACAGAGAUAGAGAGGAAUACUUAUAAGAAUUAUUAAGAGAAAUUUAAGAAUAUGUUCUUGCUAGUUUACAUAUAUAGGUAUUUGUAUAAAUAUUAAAUAGAUUUAAAAAAUUGAAAAUUCAAUAAGAAAUGAAUUUCCUAAUUGCAUUCAUUUAGAUUUUGAAAUUAAUAAUAAAUCUUUAGCUGAAACAUAUUCAAUAGAUGAUGGAAAUUGGUUAUUUAGAGAAACGUUAUUAAAAUCACCUUUUAAAGUAGAGAAAUGGAUGCUUGAUGAGGUAGAUAGAUUGAUAAAGAAGAUAACAAAGAAGAAAAAUGAAAGUUACAUUGAAACGUAAGAAUUAAAUAGAGAUUUAGUUAUUAAUCCUUAUGUUCAUCGAUUUAAUAUAAUUAGUGGCUUGAGAUUGAAGAUGAUGAUGAAUAUCUAAAAAUUAUUGAAGAUUAUAGAUUUGAAGAGUUUUAGAAUGAAUUAAAAGGCAUAGAAUAAAUAUUGUAGUCCAAUAAUUAAUCUAAAGGAUAAUGA